AUGCGACAAACAUUCAUAAAACUAAAGCCCAAAACCAGCGGCAGGUCUUUUACCAAACCUUUGGAUUAUCAAGCAAGUGAUGAGAUAAAGAAAAGUUUUAGUCGGAGGUUAAGAGAUGCGGUUGAAGAUGACCAUAUACUGCCGAGUAGACUGGCAAAAGGCAUUUUUACCAAUAGGGAUGGAAAAUUUAGCGGUAAUAAGGGCAAAGCUUCAAGUCUGAGCUCAUAUCGAAACUUGAAACAGAAUUUAAAUCGGGAUCUGGAGCAGAGUCUGAUGCGAAAUUUGAGGCGAAAACAAGGUACAAGUCAAAAUUCUGGCAAAAGCAAAGCAAUAUCCGAAACUAAACUCAAAGCUGAAGAGAUCCGUCUGCUUUCACAAUCGCUUAAGUUUUUACAAUCCAAAUAUUCUUCAAUACCUUUUCUUGAUGAUUCUGGCAAAAUUAUCGAUUUGCAACGUUUGCAACCAUACGAUAUGAAAUUUAACAACCCGACAUCAAAGCUAAUUUUUCAAAACUUGUUACGAAUCAAAGAGCUUACCAAAAAACAAGUUCCUCGUACAUUAUCUCUCACGUUAUUGGGAACAACCUCGACCCAGUUGAGCGACCCAUAUUUCAUCACAAAUAACGCUCUGGAUUUGCUUAAAUUCGAUAGGGAUCCAGCUCGAGCAUCGUAUCUUUGCAGAAUUAGUGACAAGAAAUCGUCAAUUGUUGGAAUGAACACAAUCAUGGAAUGGCAUUUUGCUAAAAAGGAUCAGAAAGCUGGUAUCAAGGCAUUUCAUGAACGUCGGAGCAGUGGUAUACCAUGUAAUCCAUAUACCUACCUUGAAUUGUUUAAUGGGGUGGCUAAAACUACAGCUUGGGGGCUGGCCAAAAAGGAAAUCUGUGAAAAAAUGAUUGAAAUUUUCAAAAGCAACAGAAGCGAAUUUCUGGAUGCCAAGGAUAAUAAAGGUUUUGCUACUUCGAUAUUCAAUGCCUGUUUGAGUAUUUUGGUUCGGAACUUUGAUGAUCUGCAAGCUAUUGCAUGGGGCUUUUUUGACGAAUUAUUUGGAUCAAACGAGUUGGAAUUAGAACAAAUCUACCCAGACUCACAAACAUUUACAAUCUUGUUGCAGGGUGUUAAAAAGUAUGCUGAACAUGAAAGAAGUCAAGUUCUUGCUGAUGAAAACUUGUCCAGUGCGGUUCGAUUAGCAAAGCUUUUAGAAAUUGAAGCCAACCAUGUUAAAGUUGCCACUGCAGUAUUUGACAAAGUGCGUCAGGCAGCUACGCCUCCAAAAGCAAAUUUAGAUGCAAAAAAGAAUCAAAAAAACAUUCAUAAUUGGUACAAGUCCAGAAUUGAAAUCGAUUUUCCUUUAUUCACCACUUUUUUAAAUAGUUUCUGUAGCAGAGACGCGGGAACAGGUGAAGAUCUUCAUAGUGGAAGUCAUUAUGUAUACGCACAGCGUGCACUUGACAUUUUGCGUAUUGUGUCACCAGAUGUGGAAAAAAUGUUGAAAUAUAUAAGUAAAGAUGGUUUAUCGGUUGAGUCAAGGUUAAAGGCACACACUGAUAUGAGAGUGAAUAAAGCGUUGAAGCAUGGAAUUCUUACUUCUUCCGAAGCUGAUUCUACCAGCAUUGAUAAUAUUAAUCCAAGUGCCGUUAUUAAAGACUCUGAUCUUUCGAGAUUUAAUCCAAUGGUUCAUAUGAUUCAUCGCGGAAAAUUUAAUACUGAAGCUGAACCGCUAAUUGAUUUGACACGUUCAGUUUCAGGAAAGGACUCAGUUGAAAGUAUGCGCUCGAUCAAUAAGUUCAUGUUGAACCAAGUAUUUGAAACAUUGAUAAAUCUUGGUCUUUUCAAAGAAUUUGUUAGAGCGUAUUAUUAUGCCUCGAUUGAAUGGGGAGGAGUGAAAUUGCUACUUCCUGAGUUGGCAGAGCAAGAUAUCUUGAAAAACUUUUUGCCAAACAUGAGUGUUCGAGAAUUCAAGACAGGUAGAAUACCAUCCAUUAUUGAUGAAGCGUCUUUUGAUUCAUUUAUAUACAAAAUAGCCGAACACGGUCGGUACAAAGGCAAGACAAGCACAAAUGUUGUGUUGCAAAUGUUGCGUAUAUUAGUGACCCCUGAACUUACGGUUAAUGGAAUUGAGCCCACUAUGGAUCACAUGAAUAAAAUAUGUUCCAUUAUGGUGAAGGAUUUGCAUUAUUAUAAUGAUACUCAUGUCAAGAAAUCCUACACAACGAGGUAUGCAUUCUCUUAUAGGCAAUUGACAGACUAUUUGAGAAAUUUGAUUGAGUUUGGCGAAAUCCACAAUAUGUAUAUAAGCAAAAGUGCCAAACUGUAUACACCAGGUUACUAUCAUGCAUUCAUGGAGAAGGUGACCAAGAUCUUACAGUCUGCGCAUUGGAUCGAUGUUGAAGAUUGCGAGAAGAGGUACCACAUUACGAAAUUAAUUUUAAAAGCUAAUAUUUUGGAUUAUAGGCCGCAGAUUGCGGCACUCAAGCCUGAGACUAGACAACGCACGAGAAGCAUUGAAAAGUUGGUUGGUGAGACUCUUUCUGCAAUGAAAGAUGCGGGCCGUAAUUUCGAAGAGGAUAAGAAGUUGCGUAGUGUUUUAAAGAGUCUCAGAGCAGCUGAGUCUGUUAAGGGAGAUGUCAAAUCUCUCAAUAAGAAAUUGUAUGAUUUAAUCAGUGGCGAACUCAAGGCAGCUCCAUGUGCAAAUGUUGCGACUAAAAAAGAACUUAGUGGAGAACUCAGUGAAGAACUCAGUGGAGAACUUAGUGGAGAACACGUUACAACUUCUAGUACAAUUGUCAAAAACAAUUGA